UAACACUUCCGGUAAUAAAAAAGUCCCGGGAGCUCCACAACCAUAUGAAAACAUGUCAGCAUGUCCGCAUGAACACAUCAAUAUUAUAAAUGUAUUCACCAGAUUACCGCAUAUCGACUAUUAAAGGCUUACAGGUUGUAUGAAGUAAACGAACAUGGAUUCUUUGAAAAGACCUGCCAUUCUUGAGGACGCGGUCCAGUAUAAACUCUUUCUGGUUCAGCCUGACCCAUCAGACGCAGAAGUCAACGAGAGAUCCCUUCAGCAGCUUCUGGAGAACAUCCUGGUCGAGGUUGCCCCUCUUCUUAUGCAGUAUAUCUGGCAACAUCAACCAUUUAAUCUCAGAUAUCACCCUCAGAAAGGGGAUGAGCCAGCACAUUUGGGUGGUGUCACUGUGUUUGCUGAUAAUGUGGAGGAUGAAUGGUUCAUCGUUUACCUGCUUAAAUCCAUCACAUGCACCUUUAAAGAAGUCGCUGCGGUUGUCUAUGAUAACGAUGGACAGUUUCUUCUGAUUGAAGCCGCUGAGCAUCUGCCAAAGUGGCUGGACCCUGACAGCAGUGAAAACAGGGUGUUUCUGUACCACGGAGAGCUGCACAUAAUACCCAACCGCAUGAAUCCUGGAGAAACUGGCUGGCCUAGAGACUCAGUGCCCACUGUGGGUCAGGCUUUAGAGAUGCUACAUUCAAACACUAAGAACUGUCUGGCUAGAAAGCCUAUACGCUCAGCUCUGGCCAGGAGACUAGAUGGGUACCCAGAAAAGAUCCAUCAGAAUUUCCAUCAUGCCCACUGCUACAUACCUGCAGGCAUUGCUGUGGUGUUGUCUAGGAGACCUGACCUCAUAGCCCCUGCUGUAUCUGCUUUCUAUCUGCGGGACCCGCUUGACCUUCAGGCCUGCCGAACCUUUCGCAACUUUCCACCUGAAACCAGAGUUAUGACAUCAGUAAAGUUUACUCGUUGCCUGUACGCACAGCUGCAGCAGCAGAGUUUUGUUCCAGAUCGUAGGAGUGGGUUUACCCUUCCAACCCGUACUCAUCCCCAGUACAGAGCUGAUGAGCUGGGCAUGAAACUGGCCCAUGGGUUUGAAAUCCUGUGCUCUAAAAGUGGCCAGUCCUCAUCGGAGCAGGAGGCGCCUCUCGGCAGUAACCGUCUUUGGAGAGGCUUUCUAGAUAGCCUUAAAAAGAAUGGAUACUUUAAGGGUGAACUGGAAGGAUCUGCUCGAUACAAAGACCUCAUGAUGUCAGCUGAGAACUUUUUCAAACAGUCUGUAACCAACACACACCGCCCUGAUAUUCAUAAUCCUGGUAAUGAAGUAUUAAAAAUCUUGGAAGGCUCUUCAUACAAUAUAGAAGAUCUAAAACAGCAAGAAGCACAUCUGCCACCAGAGGACAGUGAUGCAUGGUUAGACAUCUCCCCACAAGAGUUGGAGAGGCUGCUUGAGGAGAGAGGAGGCCGUAAGGUGAUCGAUGGCACACUCAAAACUGUAGGACCAGAGGAUAAAGAGCAAGAGGAAGAAACCGGCUACAGUCUGGUAGCUGUAACACAAGGCAUGAAGGAUUUCAUCAAUGCCAUGUCUUCCCAUGAAGGGGCUGAAAUUCCAAGAUCUUGUUUGACUGAUCCUUUCAGUUUUGACCCAGAUGCAGUAACCAGUGCUCUUGAUAGACUACUUGGAAAUAAGGAUGAUGAUUUAGACUCUGAUGACUUUGAAGAUUAUGAUGAUGAUGACGACGAUGAAGAUAAUGUAACUAAGGACGAAGAUGUGGAGAAUGCCGGCUCAAAAGAGCAGGCAGGCACAGAGACGCUGGAGAGUUUAAGGGAGUACAUGGAUGAAAUGGACCAAGAGCUGCAAAGCACAAAUAUUGGGAAAAGUUUUCCACAGACUAAUAAAACUGGUAAUAGAUCGAGUGCAUCUAAAAGCUCAUCAUCGUUCACGUCAGGCUCUGAGCCUGUUGAAGAAGAGAUCCAACCGCUUGAUGUGGACCUCAACCUGGUUACAAACCUUCUUGAGUCAUUGGCUUCUCAGGCUGGCCUAGCCGGCCCUGCCUCUAAUUUGCUACAAAGUCUAGGCAUUCACAUCCCUCCUGAUGCAGAUAAGUCAUGAAGUAAGAAAAACUCACUGUGACUUAUCACUAACUUAUCAGACCUGUAGUGUUACCUCACCUAGUAUAAAUCCGCUGUUUUCUAGUCAUAGAAAGACUUGGUGUGACAUUGGUUUCUGAGACUGUCAUGGUAUUGAAUUUAUGGUUUAAGUGUAACAUUGGCCUACCAUUUAAACGGAGCACUUACAUAGCAUUCGAUUUAUGGGUGGGAACUGUUUUUAGCACAAUGUCCCAGCAGUUUUUCCCUGCUUUUCUCCAAUUAAAUGUAUAUUUUUCAAAUAAAGUAUCUUUCUAAUUUCA